GUACGCUUGAAAACGACCGUCAGCAUCGUCUGCGACGUGUCAUCUUGUUUUACAGCUUCCUGUUGUUUAGCUAGCAGCGAGCUUAGUGGCGGACAGAGUUUUAAGUAGCUUUGAUGUGAGGAAUUGGCAUCGGUGUAAAUUACUUGUCGGUAUCCAGGCUGUGUUUACUUGACACCUGAAUGUCAACCGAGAAAAUAGCUGAUGGAUUAAACUGCCUGUUGUCGAUAACACUAACCUCAACCAGUAAAACUACAGGCUGCUGUGAUGUCCGAGCCUAAGCCCCCUACUCCAACCCCUGGAGACACAUACAAGGGUUGGCUCUUCAAAUGGACGAACUACAUAAAAGGUUACCAGAGACGCUGGUUUGUUCUCAGUAAUGGGCUGCUGUCUUACUAUAGGACCCAGGCAGAGAUGGGUCACACGUGCCGAGGUACCAUCAACUUGGCCACAGCAAACAUUGCUGUGGAGGACUCCUGCAAUUUUGUCAUUUCCAACGGAGGGGCACAGACCUAUCACCUGAAGGCCAGCUCAGAAGUAGAACGCCAACGGUGGAUCACUGCUCUGGAGCUUGCCAAGGCAAAGGCUGUGCGCAUGCAGGCUGAGUCCGAUGACUCUGGUGAUGAGUGUCCUGCAGUCCCCCCCAGCUCGGGGCAGGGUGGAGGCUGUCGUAACUCAGAAGUCCAGUCAACACUACGCACUCUCAGCAGCAAGGUGGAAGACCUCACUACCUGCAACGAUCUCAUUGUCAAGCAUGGGUCUGCUCUCCAAAGAUCUUUGUCAGAGCUGGAGGGGAUUCGUGUCGGAGCAGACAUGGGGGAAAAGAUCCGACAAGUCACAGAGAGGGCCACACUAUUCCGAAUCACCUCUAAUGCCAUGAUCAAUGCAUGUAGAGACUUCCUCUCCUUGGCCCAGAAUCACAGUAAGCGCUGGCAGAAGGCUUUACAGACUGAGAGAGACCAGAGGAUACGUCUGGAGGAGACUCUGGAGCAGCUAGCCAAACAGCAUAACCACCUGGAAAGAGCUUUCAGAGGAGCCACAGUUCUCCCGCCUUCAUUCAGCAAUCCCACCUUAGGUAGCAAAAGUGGUGUUUCGGGGAAAGGUGAUGCGAGUGAUGAGGAUGAUGACAAUGAAUUCUUUGAUGCUAUGGAAGACCCAGCCGAGUUUAUUACUGUCCCUGCUGACCCCAAGUAUCACAGGAGAUCUGGCAGCAACGUCAGCGGACUCAGCAGUGAGACUGGAAUGGACGAUCAGUCAGUUAAUUUUGAUGAAUUGUCUUUGGCUUCCAACCCGGAGUCUCCACAGCCUCUGGAGCUAGAGCCAGUUAGACAAAGACGAACUCGCAUCCCCGACAAACCCAACUAUUACCUCAAUUUGUGGAGCAUCAUGAAGAACUGUAUUGGAAAGGAACUCUCAAAGAUACCAAUGCCUGUGAAUUUCAAUGAGCCCUUGUCAAUGCUGCAACGAUUAUCUGAAGACCUGGAGUACUACGAGAUCCUGGAUAAGGCUGCUAAGUGUCAGAACUCUCUAGAGCAGAUGUGUUAUGUAGCAGCUUUCACCGUCUCUUCCUACUCCACAACUGUCCACCGCACAGGAAAGCCUUUCAAUCCUCUGCUGGGAGAAACUUUUGAGCUUGAUCGGCUCAGAGAGUGCGGCUACCGUUCUCUUUGUGAACAGGUGAGCCACCACCCACCGGCUGCAGCUCACCAUGCUAUCUCUGAAAAGGGCUGGACCCUGAGACAGGAGAUUGCACUUGCCAGCAAGUUUAGAGGAAAAUAUCUCUCUAUCAUGCCCUUGGGCUCUAUCCAGUGUUUAUUUGACAAGAGCAACAAUCACUACUCUUGGAAAAAAGUGACGACAACAGUACACAACAUUAUCGUUGGGAAGUUAUGGAUUGAUCAGUCAGGAGAGAUAGAUGUGGUGAACCACAAGACAGGAGAUCGCUGUCACCUCAAGUUUGCUCCCUACAGUUACUUCUCCAGAGAUGUUCCAAGAAAGGUAACGGGAGUAGUGACAGAUAAGGAUGGAAAGGCCCAUUAUGUGCUAUCAGGAACAUGGGAUGAGAAGAUGGAGUUUUCUAGGAUAAUGCAGAGCAGUAAAGGGGAGAAUGGCACCGAAGGCAAACAGAGGACUGUGUAUCAGACCCUCAAAGCCAAAGAAAUCUGGAGAAAGAACCCUUUACCAGAGGGAGCAGAGACCAUGUACUACUUCUCCUCGCUGGCCUUGACACUCAAUGAACCUGAAGAUGGAGUGGCACCAACAGACAGCCGUCGACGCCCCGACCAGCGGCUGAUGGAGGACGGCCGCUGGGAUGAGGCUAACGCAGAGAAGCAGAGGCUCGAAGAGAAACAGCGCACCGCCCGCCGAGAAAGGGAGAGGGAAGCUGUCAAAGCAGCCAGCUCACCCGAGGAAGCUAUCACUGAGGAUUCAAUCAAUGACUCACCCUUGAAAACCGAUGCACAAGAGACUGGCACGGAAGCAAGUGAGGUUUCUGAUGAAAGCGCCCAUCCAGAGAACUACCAGGCACUUUGGUUCGAGAAGAUCGACGACCCUGAAUCCGGAGAGACUUUGCAUGUCUACAAGGGAGGCUACUGGGAGGCGAAGGAACAAGGGAGCUGGGACAUGUGCCCCGACAUCUUCUGAUCACAGUGGUACACAAAUGAGAAGGCGGUGAAAGGAGCACGCCCCUCUACCAGCUAAAGUAGGAAAUCAAGCCUGACAUCAAGCCAUCCUCAGUGUCCAUUGCUUCCUCAGUUCCAGCAGGAUCAAGGUUAUCCGGACUACAGAAUCCCUUUCACUGCCUCUUGAUGUUGGUCCUCUGUUUGUUCCCAGUUCAGGAUCCUGACAUCCAGCCUCUGAGUUGCAUUAACAGGUUAUUCUGAUAAUGUCAUUAUUCUUUUUCGCUGGACACUCUGUUUUCAGAGGAUAAUUCUUCCAAAUGACAUCUUACAAUGUAUAAGGUUUGAAUUGAUAGAGUGAUCCACGACCUAACAUGUGAUUUAUGCGUUUGUUUUUGUUCUUGCUUAUUAUUUUGAAAUAAAUUUAUUGCAGCUUCCCCAGCACAGCUCCACUCAAAGUUGAAUCAAACCAAUGCUUUUGUGCAUAUUCACUAUACCUGAUUGAGCCCAUAGGCUUAGGCUUUAGAAGUCUGGAAAUCAAUCGUUUUUCAAGGAAAUAAUAAUGGCAUGUUUCAGCUAUUAUUUCCAAAGUGUCACAAAUGCAUGAAACAAAAUUUGCCUUCAAAUGUUUGGUGGUUGUUGGUGCUGCUUUGUUCCAUGAAAUGAAGCAACAAGUCUGAAUACUGUGUCUAAAUGUUAGCCUUUUUUUCAUUUUUACGUCCAUUUCAAAAUCUGUGGUCUUUUUUUUUUUUUGUUAAAUCAGUCCACUAUUUCUUCCAAACCCCUUUAAAAUUCAUGGUAUUAGUGAGGAGAUGCAAAAGUAGUUUGUUGUGAUUCUGUCACUCCUCCUAUUGGCCCGAUGAAGUCUGCUUUGGUCAUCUUUAACAACCCUGAUACUCGAGUCUUGAAUGGCUACACGUGUUAGUCCCUUUAUAAGUCGUCUUUUUUUACUUUUACACUCUUAAAGAAUGACAUUUCCUUUUUCUAUCAUUUAUUCUUUUGAAGAAAAAUGCAUUUCUGUGUGCAGCACAUUAAUGUUAAUGCGUCAUUUCACAUGGUACCGUAUUGAAUAUCAUCCCAGCUGAAGGAGCGUUACCAAACACGUAUUUGUACCAAUGAUAUACCCGUUUUCAUUGCCCUGUCUUUUUAUUUGAUUUGUACUUUUUUGUUUUGCAGAGUAUGGAUUUUAUUUUGGGUCACGGAGCAAAAGGCCCUGGUUAUAUAAAAAUAUAUUGUUUGUUGCAGUGUAAUGAAUCUGUUCCUUCUAUUAAAGAUUAAAUGUGUUAGCAAGUCCACUCCACCUCUCCAAAUACAUGGAUUUUAGAUGUAUUUUUGGAACUAGAAAGCCAGUUUCAGUUCUGCUUUCAUAGUAAAUGUUUAGGCUUUUCACCAGUUGAGAUUAAACUAAAAGCAGGUGAGCUGUGCGCUGAUUUCUACUGGCCUGAUGAUUUGUGGCGUGAAGGGACACGUGAGGCGCCCUUCCUGGUGUCCUUCAAACUUACCGAUCAUAGCUUUAAUCUUGAUAUUAUAGUCUUUGUGUGCUGCAAGUGUAGAUUUCUUAACAGACAGCAAUAAGAGUGCCUCUGCUCAUACAUGUGGCACAGAAUGAAAUGUGAGGGCAGCGUGAGGCAAGAACGCUGCGAAAAAGAAAACAAACACAAAAGCGCUCGGCUCCGUCUUCGCGUUCGUCUCCGUUGUUGUUGUUUGUUGUGAGUGGAAGGGCUGUGUGGUUGAUAGAAAAUCUAAACUCCAUUUUAUAUUCAAGUGUACUUACAAUGAGAGCACUGAAAAUUAAGACAAAAUGUUGCAAGUGUUUCUGUGUAAAUAUAUGAAAUAGUAAAAUAAUUGUGGUAAUAACUGGUGGCAUUGAUAGAGAAUCUCAAGGCAGUGAUGCAUUUUUAAUUUUUUUUCCCAUUCGUCUCUCUUGUUUACUCAGAACUGGACACCUUUACCACCUCUAAUAGCUUUCUUAUUUAAAUUAUAUUCAUUUCUUUUUCACCCACAUAAUUCCUUACUACCUUUGACUAUUAAUUUAUAUGCCAUGUCUAUAGAUGAUGCACUUCAUCUCUUCAUUAUUUUUGGGUUUUAGUCACUGAUUUAAUUGCGUAGACCCAUCGUUUCAUUUCUGUUUCAUUUUGUUUUUCUUAAAUUUCCACCUUUGUCAUCCCUUUUAUUGUCUCCAGCUAUGAAUUCUGCCCUGCACUGUGGAGACUGUCGCUGUCCACAAUGCCACAACUUCUUACAUUUCUUUAAAAGAGACUGACGGUAUUCUUGCGCUUCAAUACAUUACUGAGUGAUUUGUGACUUGAUUGGACUAAUAAACGGUUGACAUUA